AUGUCGGAUCUGGAAAGUUUGAUGCGUAUGACAGCCGGUCAGGCGCAGGACAUGCGUGGUCUGGGUGGGUAUGCUGGUGCUAUGUUUAUGGCUGCGAGUAAAGUUCUGGGUGAAGAGACGGUCAAGGGGGGAGGGGGUGAUAAGGAAGGCAAGGAGGGCGAUAAGUGA